AAAGCGGCGAGGCGAGCGCGGUUCGUGUGGUUUGAGCUCAGGAACUUAGAUGGGGAACAUGUAAGAAGGGAAUGGGACACUGUGAAGAGGAUUAUACGCUACACACAGACGCAGGAGGCGCGCGAAACAGCGGAGGAAAGGGGGCUCUAAGUGACAGCUUGAGAAGGUAGCGCGGCAGCUCUGGAAAGCACAGUGGAGUAGCAGCGAACCAAAGAUGAACACCAUCGUGUUUAACAAGCUGAGCAGCCAGGUCAUUUAUGAAGAGAAGGCGAAAGAAGUGGAGAGGACCAGCAGAAACUAUUUAGAAGUAAUCGAUGGACAGCAUCCAGACUUACUUUCAAACAACCAGGCGAUCAAAGACAAUUCUGGCAUCAGACAUAGGCGGUCUGGGUCUCGCCAGAGCGGUGGGAAGGUGCGUCACAAGCGCCAGGCUCUGCAGGACAUGGCGCGUCCUCUCAAGCAGUGGCUGUACAAACACAGGGAUAAUCCUUAUCCCACCAAAACCGAGAAAAUACUGCUUGCUCUGGGCUCCCAAAUGACCCUGGUACAGGUUUCAAACUGGUUUGCCAAUGCCAGGAGGCGACUGAAAAACACAGUGAGGCAGCCGGACUUGAGCUGGGCUUUGCGGAUCAAGCUCUACAAUAAGUACGUGCAGGGCAACGCCGAGAGACUGAGCGUCAGCAGCGACGACACGUGCUCAGAAGACGGAGAGAACCCCACACGGGCCCAGACAGGCACGGCCGAGCUGAGCAAACCCAUAUACCAGAGCGUUAUCAAGGAGGAGGGUGUGGUGGUUGGUGCAGGGCUGAGGGCCCACGCGCCACUCGCUGAGGAUUAUGUCUCGCCGCCAAAGUACAAAAGCAGCCUGCUGCACCGGUACCUUAACGACUCGCUGCAGCAUGUCAUCGCCUCCAACUCCAUGGUCGACUCGCGCAAGAGGAACCACUCGGGAUCCUUCAGCUCCAAUGAGUACGAUGAUGAGCUUCUCUCACCCUCAUCUUCAGAAGCGGAGGCCAACUUUGUGUACCGGACUGAGGCUGUGGAACACACGUUGGCUAAAUGUGACACUGUGACGGUGAAGGAUAAAGGACGUGGCAGAGAUGAGACCUACUGGAAGGAGAUCAAUGCUGCCAUGGCUUUGACUAACCUAGCGCAGGCAAAGGACAGCAUAUCAGGGACAACCAGCUGCAUCAUCCAGAAAUCCUCCCAUAUAUCAGAAAUAAAGACUGUCAAAGUGCCCAUGGUACAAAAGUAUUAACUUACCUUCUAUUUCUAUGCAACAUUCCUUUUGAAGACAUUUUUAGACUAUAAAUUGAAUAGUUUUCUUGUGAUUUUUGUUACGUCUAAUUACGAGAACAGACAAUCUUUUUUUUUUUCCAAUUCUUUGAGCAUCUCCUUCUGUGUUCACGCACAUGGCAACAAGUGUUGAUAAUGGCGUUGUUAGUUCAAUGCAGAAUCCUUAACGAGACACUUUCGUGAUGUUAACUUAUUUGAUAGGCAUCGUUUUCUACUCCAAAAUUUGCUAUUGCACCUUUCCGAAAAGUGCCUUCAAAGAGAACUCAGCCACGUUCUGUACAUUGUGCUCUGAAAUGAAAAAAAGUGCUAUUUUAAAAAGUUUGAAGUUUGUUAAUUUAAAACUAAUUUUUAAAAUGUAUAUUCAUUAUUUAAGAGAUGUUCGUUAUGCAUUACAUUAUUUGCCACAUCCCUCUGGUGCAUUUCUGCCUGACAAAAGUGUUAGGGUAUUACUCAUCCUGAGUACCCUCCAGUGGCACACACACAAACGUGCACACGCGCGCACACACACACACACAGCACCAUUCCAGGCGAGGUCUCUGUGGUGACACUGAAAGCUGUUUUGUCUACCCCUGUUUGUUCGUUAUGGCUAUAAGGGCCACAGUGUUAUGUCUCACGUCUGACCUGCCAGCGGUAGCUGUGAAACCGUCUUGUCAGUCUCAGUGACCCAAUACUAAACAAAAGGACAAACAAAAAUAACAAACAUCUUUACUGUACGUUUAUUAAUAAAUGCUGCCUGUUUAUACCUUGUAAUUGGAAAAGCAGAUUUUAUAUUGAGCGAUCUUUGGAGGUAAUUAGAGUUAACUUCAAAAGCUGAAAUAGACGUUGUUUUGAUGAGCUGUUUUCAUCUCUUCGCAACAAACGGACUGAAUAAACAGAGGGGUCGCGACCUUAAGUGCUGUUUUUUUAUUCCAAUUAUCAGUGUUAUAUUUGAACAGUGUUUCCUUGGCUACGUUUCUGCCCAGAACAAAGCACUGGUGGAAAGGAAUAGGCUCCGGUCGCUUGCACCGUCUGAUCCACUGUCCUCCCUCAGCUGUUUAAAAUUAAGCUCGAAUCGCUGUUUACAAGAAGCUGGCGAUGUACUUACGUGUUUGACUUUCAUUUUGUUCUUUGAAUCACGUGUCACAGUAUCAUCUCUGUCAGCUAGCAAAUGUUCAGUGUAUUUUUUUUUUUUUUUUUUUUUGCUAGUGAUUCUUGUGGUUAACGCUGUUGCUUGGAGUAAGUCUCCCUUUAUGCCAUACCGCAGAAAGUAUUGUGUUCUCUCCUUACACCGUGGGGGAGAAUCACGUUCCAGAUUUAUGAAGUGUGUACAUACGUUAUACUCAGAGCUGCAAUAAAGGAGGCAGCGUGCGGCUCCGUGGGUUAGGCCGCUGUGCCGGUGAUUAGAAGGUUGCCGGUUCAAAUCCCAAAGUCAGCAGAGUGAAUUUCAUCUUUGACGCCAGAACAAGGCCCUUAACCACAGUUGAUACAGGGACUAGAUAGACUGUACCUUCUCAAUUGUAUGUCACUUUAGAUAAAACCUUCUGCUAAAUAAAAAGAAUGUAAAGGAAUGAUGUUCGGCUGAGAGAAUGAUACAACUGAAUAACAGUAGCUACCUGUUUUUGCCGACUCUCUAGUUUAACAUUUAUCUUGUGGGGGGGCUGCUACUUAUGCAUCAAAAGUGUAUGCUUCUCUGCUGACUUCUAUUGGAGGAGGCGUGCUAAGCUUAAGGCUGGGAAGCUGCACACUGCUGCCGGAUCUGGUGUCCGUGUCAGCAACGCAGCCGCACCGUUAACCGGGCCCUCAGCCCCAACGACAACACACUCCAGAGCUCCAGCAGGAUCCACUGAUGCUUUCAAACACAUGGUUGCCUCCAUCCCAUGUCCAGUCCCACCCUAAGGUGUCGAGCAGCACAAUCACAAAUGGAAUCGCCAUAGCCGGUCCUGUAGCCUGUCCUGUAGAUGGUCCUGUAGCCGGUCCUGUAGAUGGUCCUGUAGUCGGUCCUGUAGAUGGUCCUGUAGCUUUCCGUGUGUGUUUUUGUACACCUGAUCCUCCGUGGAUGACCGGGAAGGGACAGGGACAGGGGUGGGGGGUAAUUCACUGUAUGGUUCUAAUACCCUUGAUGCUUUCCGAAACCGAACUACACCUCACAUGCGGUAUGUAGCCAUGGAACAGACACCGGAGCACAAAGACGCCACUGUUACACACACAUAUCCUGUCGGAAAAAGGGGGGGGGGAGAAAAAAUCAGCUUGGUGCUCCAUUCUGCACAGACUCUGUCCAAGAGGAACGAAGAAUCCGUCGCAGUUGCUUUGACAAAUUAUAAAUUAUUAAGGAUUGUAAAAAAAAAAUUGUGAAAAUAGUCUCUUGUUCAGUGUUAUUAAGUUAUACAAAUUUUGUUUUUUUUUUUUGAGACUGGAUUUUUAUCCAAUGACCAAAUGCUUACUAUUCCAUUACUAUGUCUGAUUUGCUUUUACAAAAAAAAUGUUUUUGAAGAUUUACAGUUACUUCUUAAGAACAAUGAAUAAACAUUUUGAAGACUUACA